AUGUCGCAAACGGAUUUGAGCAAAAGCAUUGAGAUCAUAACCAAAACGGAGGAGCUGGCCGAUAAGAUUCUGGUCAACAAACAGGAGCUAACUGUAAUGGACAAACGGCGCCAGCAAAACCGGGAAGCACUGCGCCUCAUAGAAAAGUCUGAGGAACCAAAAGUUUGGAUAACAAUAGGCAGCAUGUUGGUCAAAAUGAAGCGUGAACGAGCCGUGGAGCUGCUCAAAAAAGAUCAGGAACAAAUCAAUCAGCAAAUCAAUGUGAUAUAUUCCGAUCAGAAGAUUCUGGUAAACAAACAUCGCGACGUCGAGUUCAAAUCACCCUUCUCUGGCACCAAUUUAAAGGCUCUGGAUCGCGCAGAAUUCGGUGCGUUAAAGGCCAAUUUGCCCAUGCUUUAAUUAAUACGAAAACAAUGUGUAAUUUAGUUAUCAGUAAAAUAAAUAAG